AGGCCUAUGAUGCGGUUCCUCGGGGCCCUAGUAAUGCUCUGCAGUGCCCCCGUGGCACUGUGCCAGCUCUCUAACCCUCCAGGAGUGAGGGCCAGGGCAUCAGAGGAUCUGCCCAGGACGACCUUCAUUCACAGAGCCGUGAUGGAUCAGUGGGGGUCCUACGUUAUGCUCUGGUCACCUCUGGUGGAUAAGAUCGUCAUCGAAGUACAGGUGGCCACUAACGGUUACGUCGGAUUCGGCUUCUCUCCCACAGGCAGCAUGAAAGGCUCCGACGUCGUCCUUGCCUGGGUAGACUCGUCCAAUAUCCUUCACUUUCAGGACCGUUAUGCCUUCGCGUACUUAACGCCAUCUAUUGACAGUUCUCAAGACUAUCAGUUGCUUGGUGGAUAUCAAAACGCCAGUCACACUGUCGUCCGGUUUUCCAGGCCCUGGACAACUUGCGAUAACCAACAUGACUUCCAGCUGUCGGGCGACACAGUGAGAGUGAUCUGGGCUUACGACGAUGAAGACCCACACAGCCAGGACAGGAUACCGAGACACAGUCACCAGGGAACAAGGAGCCUUUAUCUCAGGGAACCCCAGCCUCAGAAUCUGCCAGCGAAUCCCGAAGUCCUGUACUGGGAUGUGCUUUCGCCUAAGGUUUCCCUACCAGACAACCUUCGAACGCUUUACUGGUGCAAACUUUAUAAGAUACCAGAUCUCGCAAGCAAAACUCAUGUUAUAGGGUAUCAGCCAGCCAUCCAGUCGGGAAAUGAGCAACACGUCCACCACAUGUUACUCUACGAAUGUCACCUGGAUAAUUCUCACCAUUACUUGGACAAAUUCGUCGAAGCGCCCGGCGCCCAGUGCUACGAUCGAAAUAUGCCCUUCUCGUGGUCGGCGUGUAACACUCCCAUUGUGGCAUGGGCGGUCGGCUCGGAAGGUGAAAUGUAUCCAGAGCACGCAGGUGUUCCAUUGGGAGAGGAACACGGAGGAGCCACUUACUUCAUGCUGGAAAUACACUACGACAAUCCUAACCUCAGGAAAGGUGUGACAGACAACUCUGGAGUUCGAGUCCAUUACACCCACAAGUUACGUCAGUACGAUGCUGGUAUCCUUACAUUGGGUCACAUCGUGUCUCCGACGCACAUUAUUCCCCCGGGCCAGAAGUGGCAGACAGUUGCACAUUGCACCGAUGCCUGCACUGCUAAGUCGUUACCACCUGAGGGCAUCAAAGUGUUCCAAGGUUUCCUUCAUGGUCAUCUCAUCGCGUCUUCCAUUUCGAUACAACAAAUACGAAGGGGACGGGAGCUCCCCGUUGUCUUCAAAGAUAUGAGUUACGACUUCAACUAUCAACAAGCGAGGGUCCUCGAUGAAGAAAUGGAGAUUUUACCAGGUGAUUCACUCGUGGUUAAGUGCGGAUACGACUCCUCGAAAAGACAACUCCCAACCUUUGGAGGCUUUAGCACAGAGGAUGAAAUGUGCCUGGCCUUUUUGAUGUACUACCCGCGAGUUAACCUCUCUGGCUGUUACUCCAAGCCAGAUAUGGCUCUCGUCUUCGAUACUUUCGGCAUUGAAAAUCUAUACAAUAAUGAUAUGUCUAUUUUUAACGAUCAGAGUUUCAGCGAAGCUUACAUUAGCGAAGAAGAUGAAAACAGUGACCUGUCUAACAUGCUCACUGAGGGCAAUAAUAAACCUCAAAAUAUUCAUCUUGGCGAUAUAUAUCACUACGUAGUCGUAAAAUCGCCACAAAAAUAUUACAAUAGAACAUUUUAUGACAUACUUUAUGAUGAAAACACGUGGAAGGACAUGCGUUUAAUAUCGGCAUUGCAGGACAGGAUCAGCUUUGGUCAACAUGAGCCUACUUGUGAGAACCAUGGGCGCAUAUUGAUUGAAGGAUUGCCUAGGAAAAUAAAGUUUCCAGACUUCAUUUCUGUUCAGCCACUGAAGCAGGAGUGCACAUCUCCCAGUCUUGACACUGAUGUUGAACUAUUUAAACCUGAAAUUCAGUCAGAUAGUCCCAGAACAACAGUCAAGCCCAAGAUAAACAAGGAACAUAAUAAAGAUGAUGAUGCAAUAUCUACACAAGCUCCAAAGAGACCACAGCCUACAGUACCAGCAAGACCACCUGAAGAGAAUGAGAUUGAGCAGGAUUCACUAAAACUUGGUGGGAGGGCAGGAUCAGAAGCAAUAUGCAUCACCAAAUUGGUUUUGUUUAGUUCUCUCUUUAUAACAGUUCUGAGUUUGUAUUAAUUUGUUGAAAAGAAACAAAAUUCAUGUACAUAACAUUUUUAUACUUUCUAUUUAUCAUUGAUGUUAAUGAUAAUAUAUGUAGCAUAUUUGAAUAGAUCUCAUAGAGGUAGGGAAGUAUUAGAUAGACCCUUGGCAUUCUCUUGUUCUGUACUCAUAGGUGUGCGUGCUUACAGGUUGUAAAAAUGUUUCUGUCUGCCCCCACUAAAUAUUAAAAUUAAUAAAUUUAAAAAUGCUGUAAAUGAUGAUUCACUCAAUGAUUUUGUAAAAUCCUUAUCAUGUUUUGUUAUAGAGAGUAAUGGUAUGCAUUCACAAAGCUAAAGGACCAGAGAUUUUUAAAAUUAUUUAAAGAUAAAGUUAUCUUGUGGACACGUACUGCUUGAGUACCAUGGUUCAGGUACUGUGCAAAGACAUACCAAUACAGUAUUUUGAUGAUGGUCAGUUUUAAUGAUGUAAUAUGCAAGAGCUAAUAGGAAAUUUAUUUAGAUUUAGAUGUUUCAUGCAUAUGUAAGAAGUGUGUGUGUGUGAGAUUAAAAUUAUUUGAAUGUGUAGUCUUUAGUGUAUGUAAAACACUGGAAAUACUUUCAACUUGUACUUUGAUGUACUCUAAAAUUAAGUAAAGUUUAAUGAACACUAACAUAACAGAUAUACAGAAGCCAGCAGAUUUUAUAAUACCUGUACAAGGUAUGCAAUUUGUAAAAGUACUUUGUACAAUUUGUCAAGAGUAUUUAGACAGUAUA